CCAAAUACUACCGCACAAAAAAUAAUCCUUGAAUAAAAAUCAACGAUUUUUUAAAAUACCAUAACAUUCGAGCACAUGAAAGUUUUCGCAACCCUCGCAAUGUUUGACGGGGUCUCACAAAUUAAUUGACAUACAGAUGUCAAAUUUUGACACGAAUCAUUUGAAGGUUGGUACUAUAUAAAUAAAAUAUGCAUUCAAUACUAGCGGCGCCAUAUAUGUGUCAGACCGAGGACUUAUCAGCCAACCUGUUAUUUAUCGCUUCCCUUACAUUUUCGGAUUGCUGGUUGUUGUUGUGACGCUUUUCCUUUUUGCUUUAUGUACACUUUUGCAUGCUAUUAAUUGGACUUCCUCUUUCCACAUGCGUUUUAUCAUACUCACACUCUGUACACGGCUGGAUGCUUCACCUCCUACAAAUGUUGCGGUAACUUUCCGUUACCCUCCCUCUCGUUCUUCCUUCUACCCUUCUCGUUAGGCUAUCCUCGACUGGUGCUGCGCGUGUACAGCCGGCGCCUGUCUGGAAAUGACGUCACGGGCUGGUGCUGUGCAUGUUCAGCCGUAUCCUUGGCGUCCUUGAAAUGCGCUCUUCUACGAAAGAGCUGUGUUGAAAUUUGUUGAUGAAAAUUAACUAAUAAUUAAUCCAUGUGUUUUAUUUAAAAAAAAAAACAACUAAAUCAUAUUUUGCACAUCGGAUAGAAACGCUUACCUUCACAUUCUAAAACCGGACCUCAUUUUCCUUCCGUCGAUCAUUUUGCGGGAAGUUGGCAAGACCAGCAGGUAACCGUCGAUCAAUAUGCGCAUACACCUGUAACAUUUUAGACGACAUGCGUUAGUUGAAUGUACUCAUUGAAGCACAUACGAGGAUAAGAAUCUUAAUUUAGAAAUUUACAAGGAUAAAUCAUUCCAUAAUGGAAGAAGAAGGAACACGGCACAAAACGUAUACGAGCAAAAUAUGGGACACAAGAAAUCACGCACUACUCCAGCACAUCCUUCCACAGUGAAAGUUCUGGACAGACUGAGGAUGCCUAUCACCCGGAUGAGCGCGAUAACAGAAAAAUCAUGGGAGAUCGAGAGAGAUGAGCAGUCUCGGUUCAGCGGAAUCCACAUGCAGAUGCAUGUGUGUGUGUCACUCGAAGGAUAUCGGUUUCUCCUUCUCCCGUUUUUCGUUCAUAAUUGUUUGCCAGGCCACACGAUCGGCGUUGUGCCAUCCAAAAUCUAGUGAAAAAAGACAUGCUCUCUCGCUUUGGCACACAGGAAAGUUUUCCAAUAGCUUCGGUUUGACUGGUUGGGUGUCAGCGUACAGACGGCGUCCACGGACCUACCCACGCCCGAAUACAGAGCCGAUUGAAUACGAUUCUAUCUUCACCAUUAUCAUGAGAGAGACAAGGCUUAUACCACCAACGUACCAGAAAGGUAUGCAUGCUUCACUCAUCAGGAUCUAAAGGCAAGGACAAGGCUAAAGAGACUCAGAAAAGUUUCCUCACGGUUACACAUGUCCUCCAGACGCGUUGUCUAUGCGUCUCGCUCGGUAUCACAGCGGUAUACGGCAGGUAAGCAGUACAAAUGGUAAAGGUUGGGUGGGCGCCAGAACGCAAAAGCGCUGACCUUAUCAUGAUUUUGUAUGACUUCGGCUGUUUUGGACCAUACGUUUAGGCGCUGACACUUAGUCGCGCGUAUAAAGCAAUAUGUGCGCGAUGGCGAAAAAAUCCGACAGCGCUUCGUGUGGCCCUCUCUCGUGUUUCUAGUUUUAUUCUCUCUCGCAUGUCAUCACUCUCUUUCCCUGCUUUUCGGAUAGAAAUGAGUAUUCACUCUCGUGAUUUGGUUGUGGCAGCCUAGUUUCACACUCUUUAUUAUCAUCUUUUUGUAGUUCGCUUAUCCCACAAGAGGAUUCACACAUGUGUUCUCACAUACUUAAACACACAGACACACACACACACUGGGCAAAAGCGAUGAUGAUUAUGGAGUCGACUACGCAAAGGUGGUACAGAAUUCCAUUGGCAGCAAUGGGACAGUAAAGACCUUAGGCCAAAUGGAAACGGUGGAAAUUCGAUACAUCGCCGCAGGGACGCAGACCAGCGACGUUGAAAAAGAUCUUCGGAAUAUGUUCACCGAGCUUGACGGGGUAACUUUCAAGACCAAGAUGACCAAAUCCUUCAACGGAAUGCAGACUGCUUCAGUGAAGCUCCCGACGAAACUAGCAACGCUAGUGGCAAGAUUCGGAUUGGAUGGUCAAUCUGCCCGGUGAAAAUACAAAUACCGAACAGGAGGUGUCUCAAAUGCUGGGAAACGGGCCAUUUCUCUCGCGAUUGCAAAGGCCCAGAUAGGACCGACUGUUGUCUGCGAUGCGGUGAAACAAGGCAUUUUGCCAAAACAUGCGUCAAACCUCUCAUAUGUGUCCUUUGUCCAGCGGGUACAAACAGCUUCUAUCCUAUUGGACCAAACACUAGAGAACGGACACCAAACUGUAGAACUAAACUCGAGGAUAGAACGAACAUAGGAAUAUACAGAGUUAACAGGCAGUGUGGGUCAUUGAGCUCUCUCGAAUGUCGACGAAUAAAUCCUAGCCUUUUGUUAGCUUUGUCUAAAAUAUCACAGUAAUGUUGUCGGAAAUCUAGUUUACGAUCCAGGGUGACACCUAAAUCCCUGACCGUAUUGCACCGCGGUAGUUGUGUCCCUGAUAUGCUAUAGUUAUAUCUUAUCGGACUAGCUAUUCUAAAGAACGACAUUGACGUACACUUAUCAACAGAAAUUAGCAGGUCGUUAUUGUUACACCAGUCAGAGAAAACAUCAAUCGAUCUUUGCAGAGAAAGAGAGUCGGAAGUGUUCCGUACGAUAUGAAACAGCCUAACAUCAUCCGCAUAAAGCAGACAAUCUGCUUCCGUAAUGGCCAGUGUGACGUCGUUAAUAAAAAGCGAGAACAGCAGUGGUCCCAAGUUGCUGCCCUGAGGAACGCCAGAGGAACGAUAACGUUAGAGGAGACACCAUCGAUUUGUACGUAGUAGCUACGUUCAGAGAUAUAGGACCUGAACCAUUUCACCAGCGGAGUAGAGAGACCGAUCCGGGCGAGCUUAGCCAACAGCAAGCGAUGGUUCACACGAUCAAACGCAGCCUUAAGAUGUAUACUGCAUCCAUCUGAGCUCCGGAAGUAAAGGCUGCGUGACAAUUGGAGACGAAUUUCACCAGGUUUGUGGUAACACUGCGUCGAGGAAAGAAACCAUGCUGGUGUGUAGAAAUAUAAGAACGACAGUGAUACAUUAGCGAGUUUUGUAUGACGAUCUCAUACACCUUGGCACAAGAAGGCAAAGUGGUUAUACCGCGGUAGUUCUCAGCAGAGUUUUUAUCCCCUUUGUUGUACACCGGAAACAUCACAGAGGAUUUCCAGGCCGUGGGUACAGUACUUUAUGCAAAAGAGAGUUGGUAGAUUUGAGACAGAGGCUCUUCUAAAAAUUCGCGGCAUUUGGCAAGGAUUGCCGUAGGAAUACCAUCGGGUACAGGGUUGUAUGAGGUUUUGACCUGCUGCAGAGCACGUAGUACAGUAUCUACCGAGAUAAUAAUAUCGCGUACAUCAAUAUCAAACGUCAAACGUCAUAGUGACUGGUCGAAGAUUCUUUGCGCUCCGAUAUUUUAUAAAAUUAUUCAGUGAAAACUUAUCUAUAACGCAACCUGCUUGCUUGUGCUGCCAGCCUCAAGACCUGGUUUCCAUUAACAGUCAAAUUGCUCAUCUGCAAUCACCUACAAUCAUUUUUCCUGCUCUACAAUCAAUACCCCAUUUCAACUAUUGCUGUACUAUUUUACAAUGGCCGGUAUCUGCGGCGCUUGUGCCAACGACAUCGUACCUGCUGAUCGAAUUGUGAAAUGCCAGGGUUGGUGCAAUGCCGAGUUUCAUUUCACAUGCAGUGGACUCUCUGAGGAACUGUCCGCUAUUAUAGAGUCCUGUGCACAACUUUUUUGGGCAUGUAAGGCUUGUGUAAAGUUUCAUAGAGAUCCGCGUUCGGCUGUGCUUAGGUCGUCUACCCCUUACACCCACACCACUGUCGACUUAUCAUCCAGCAUUGCCGACCUUAAAGCGAGCCUCCAUAGUGAGCUGCCAAAACAAAUCACUGCCGUUAUUAAAUGCGAUCUCCUCGAAGCGCUGAAGGAUGAGAUGCGUUCCUGUUUGCUUUCAUCACACACCUCUACCAAUUUACCCACUCAACAACCCAUUCAUCGCAAUCCAGCAACAUCAUACCCCGAAUUGUUUAACUCAGUAGUUAACAAUAUUCCCGAUACUAUUACACCAACACAAACACAGUUCCCAUCUUUGGCGGCCUCACUUAGUGUAAGUGCAAUCAAACCGUCAUCCUACAUCAACAAAACACCACUUAACAACCCGCAAACACCACUACUAAGAGGAUCGGGAUCACCGCUUGCUUCAGAUACACUGGAUAUCAUUCCACACACUGAUACGCGUAUGUGGCUAUUCUUUACACGUUUCGCCCCAUCAGUUACCACUGAGCAAGUUUCUUAUAUGGUGCAAGCACGUUUAGCGCUUGACAAGCGGGAUGUGUUUGUUCACCGCCUGACGAAAUUCGGCGCUAACACUAGUACACUCUCAUUCAUCUCAUUCAAAGUGGGCAUACCGGCCACUUUACGCAGUAAGGCUCUAUCACCUCCCAGGCUGCAAAAGACAGCCCGAAAGGCUACAUUUUGUGUAUUUAUAAUACUGGGUUGGCGAGUUAACUUACUUUUUAAGCAUUUUUGUCUUAUUAUUGAAUAUAAAUCUUCGUGAAAAAAAUAUUAGACAUCGAUUAUUUUACAACAAAUGCAUUAAAUCUGAACAAGGACUGUUUUUCAUCAUUUUUCAUCUUUUGACCCAAAUGCUAUAGUUAUUGAUAUUAUUGAUGUUGGUAGCUUGGUCCGAAUGUUGUUGUUGUUUUGGUUGUCAGUCGCUCAAAUCGCUCAAAUCAAAACAUCAGAGAAGCCACCAGAAAAGGUCUUGAGCAUCAAAAGUGUAUAUUUAAGGCGUGAUUUCAGUGAUAAUUCAUGUGUUACUGAUAUUUUUUGUUUUAAUAAAUAACAUAGAAUGGAGGAGUCUUUCGCCAAGCGCAUUCGAUACAACUCGCAUCUGUAUCGGAAUCGUGAUCGUCUGGUUGAAACAGAACAGGAUGAAGAACCUAUUUCAAGUGGAAGUUCGAAUGCUGUAGAACUCGUGGAAAACGCUGAUGACUAUAUCAUACCGGAUGAUGGACCUGCGAACGUUCAAGAUAUCCAGGACGGUGAUGAAAUUGGAGCGCUGGAAUGUGCGCAUGAUGAGGAAAAUGAUAUUGAUGAUCAUGUCAUAGAUUAUCUCAUGGAAAGUUCAGAUGAAGAGGAAGCAUUGGAACAAUACAACGAAGCAUUUUCAGUGCAUGAUGCUUUACGUCGCUGGGCCAUAUCGAGAAAUCAAACGUAUGAGUCAAUCGAGGAAGUGAUGGAAAUUGUUAGAAAAACAAGUAAUUGUAAGCUGCCAAAAGAUGCAAGGACUCUGUUGAAGAUCAACCGAAACCCUUCUGCGGAGAUAACAACAGUUGAAGGAGGACAAUAUUGGUAUCACGGUAUUCAAAAAUGUUUCAACGAACUAAGGAAAUUGAUCUCGCGUAAUCGUUAUAAAUUUUCUUUAUAUUCAUACAUACGGUUUAAUUAUUUAAAGCAAUCUAACCCUUCAUUCCGAUUCUACGCUUUUGAUAAACGUAUCGAUCGACGGAUUACCACUAUUCAAAAGUAGCAACCUUCAAUUUUGGCCCAUACUUUUCAACAUUCAUGAAAUGCCGGAAGUACCUGUAAUGAUAGCUGCUAUUUGUUGUGGUCCGACAAAACCAGUAAGCAUCGAACACUUUCUUCGUCCUUUUGUUGAUGAAAUCAACUUCCUCAUGAAAAAUGGAGCACAGAUCAAUAAUAAGACGGUUAAGAUAAAACUGCGCGCAAUUAUAGCUGAUUCUCCAGCUCGGGCGUUUAUUAAAGGUGUUGUCAGCUUCAACGGUAUACAUGGCUGCUUGAAAUGUGUGUCUGAGGGAAGGAGUAUCCGAGGAAGAGUAGCAUUUCCCGAUAUCGCUGGUUCUGAUCGCACUAAUGAAGGAUUUAGGUCGCGCUCGUAUGGUAAACACCACAAAUUUGAUUCUCCUCUAUUAUCUCUAUUAGACGAAUUUGAUCUUGUAAAACAAGUAAUAGUUGCAGAUUUAUUGCAUUUAAUUGAUUUAGGAGUAACAAAACGUUUGUUAAUGGGCUGGAUAUGUGGAAAAUUUGGUGUGGUGCACAAGUUAUCUCCUGAACAAAUCAACAAAAUGUCAGCAAUGUUGAUGCAUAUCAAAUUACCUGUAGAGAUCCACAGAAAGUUCCGUUCAUUACGUGAUCUCAAGUAUUGGAAAGGCACUGAAUUAAACUCUUUCUUAUUUUACGCAUCCGUUGUUGUACUCAGAGGAACAUUGAGUGAACAACAAUACAAUCAUUUUAUGUUGUAUUUUUGCAGCAUUACAAUUUUUUCAUCUGAAGUAUACAAAGAGCAUUGGUCAUUAGCAAAUACUCUCCUACAUCUGUUCGUGAAACAGUACGGAAUUAUUUACGGCCCAGAAUAUAUUUCGAGUAAUGUUCAUAACCUUUUGCAUAUUUACCAAGAAGUUAUUGAUUUUGGAAUACUUCGGUUUAUAUCUUCUUAUGACUUUGAGAACGAACUUCAGCAUAUGAAACAUUCAUUGCGAAGUGGAUCAAAAAGUUUAGAACAAACAAUAAACCGUAUAGCAGAAUGGGCAGCCUAUAAACCGGAUAAAUAUAUUAAACAACUACAAUAUCCCACGAUUCAUAGGAGAGGAAAUAUUACUACACUUCAUGUGCGCCAAGGAUUUUGUAUAAAGAAUGAUGGUAGCAAUUCUUGGUUUUUAACAAAAUCGGGUAGCGUAUGUCAAUUUGUAAAUGCAGAUAUACAGCAGUCUUCCGUAGACUUAACAGCAAGAAAGCUAACUAGGACUAUUGAUGAUUUCAACUAUCCUUUCAAUUCAAAAUUUUUGAACAUACAUCGCGGAAAUAUUAACGAUUUAGGAAAAGAAAAUAUUAUAAUAGGUUUUCAGGAUAUAAAAUGUAAAUUAGUAGUUGUACCAUUGUCUAAGGAAAAUGAAAAUAGUUUUGUUCCCUUGAUACAUACAUUGGUUUAUUAAAACAAAACAACCACGUUUUUUAAAAUGAUGUGUUUUAA